AUGUUGUUUGGCAUGGUAUCCGUAGGCUCAAGCUGCUCUUUCCUCUAUAUUAACGGUAUUUUGCUGUUCACCCUCAGAAAGAAGCCUGUGUUUUGUGAGACAUCGCGUUAUAUCCUGCUGUUCAACCUGCUCUUUGCAGACACUGCUCACCUGGUAUCAAACAUCAUGCUGUAUUUUUUGUCUUCUUUACGGAUCAAAAUAACAUAUUAUGCAUGUAGUACUCUUGUUCUGCUCUCAAUUUUCACAGCCCCCGUUUCCCCUCUCACCCUGGCUGUGAUGUCACUUGAGAGAUAUGUGGCUGUGUGCUAUCCACUGAGGCAUGCUACCAUCUUUACCAUGAGAAGCACAGGCAUGGCAAUCGCUCUGGUGUGGGGUUUCAGUUUUAUCCACAUCCUCAUACGAAUUUUUAUGUUGCUUUAUGUGUUCACAAAAAUCUCCUUAAAUUUGCAUUUGAGAAACUUUUGUUCUAAAGAAGCCAUUUUUUUUGCACCACUCUUUAAUGAUUUUGAAGAAGCCUAUGCCAGCACUCUCUUUCUGUCAGUGGGUUUAGCAAUCAUAGCCUCCUACAUUGGUGUAGCACUUGUAGCCAGGUCUGUCUCAACAAACAAAGCUUCGGCUAUAAAGGCUCUGCAAACACUUCUGCUUCACCUGAUUCAGCUGAGCCUAAUUCUCACCUCCACCUUGUUCUCCACCAUCGUUGUAGCUAUUGCUAGAACAGUGGGAAGAGCAGACCUCAUGCGGAUUUACAAUAUCUGCUUUGUGUGCUUGAGUGUUCUUCCGAGGUGUCUGAGUGCUCUCAUCUAUGGACUCAGGGAUCAAACCAUCAGACCUGUUCUCAUGCAAAAUCUGUGCUGUUGGUGGAGAUGCUCAGUCUUCCUCAACAAAGGCCAGUCAUAAUGUAAUAAUGUAUGUUAUUUACGCUGAUCUAC